AUGAAAUGAAAUAAACUCUGCUUCAUUUCCAACUUUGUAAUUUGUGGAGGGAAUACUUUUCUUUUAUUCAUUAGGCGCACGCGCGCACUUUAUUACAGGGACCAACAAAACCCGAGAAAAUAGAGAGUUUACAUUCAGCAUGCGCCCACCGGUUAUUCUCAAAACUACCUCUCUCUCUGAUUCUUAUACCUCUCCCUGCGAUCGCAGACUCAACACUCUCGCCAGACAUUUCAUUAGCGUUCUUCAACCAAUGGCUUCUAACGAUGGCAUCUCCGCUUCGCCAACCGCUGCUUCUGAUUCCGUCUUCAACCACCUCGUUCGUGCGCCUGAAGAUCCUAUCCUCGGGGUGACGGUUGCGUAUAACAAAGAUCCGAGUCCAGUUAAGCUCAACUUGGGCGUUGGUGCUUACCGAACUGAGGAAGGAAAACCUCUUGUUUUGAAUGUAGUGAGGAAGGUUGAGCAGCUACUCAUAAAUGACUUGUCACGCAACAAGGAAUAUCUUCCAAUUGUUGGGCUUGCUGAUUUUAAUAAAUUGAGUGCUAAGCUUAUUUUUGGGGCUGACAGCCCUGCUAUUCGAGAGAACAGGGUUACCACUGUACAAUGCUUAUCUGGGACCGGUUCAUUAAGAGUUGGGGGUGAAUUUUUGGCUAAACACUAUCACCAACGGACUAUAUACUUGCCAACACCAACCUGGGGCAAUCACCACAAGGUUUUCAACUUAGCGGGGUUGUCUGUCAAAACAUAUCGCUACUAUGCUCCAGCAACACGGGGGCUUGACUUUGAAGGACUUCUAGAAGAUCUUGGUUCUGCUCCAUCUGGAUCUAUUGUUUUGCUACAUGCAUGCGCACAUAACCCAACUGGUGUUGAUCCAACCCUCGAGCAAUGGGAGCAGAUUAGGCAGCUAAUAAGAUUAAAAGCUUUGUUACCUUUCUUUGACAGUGCAUAUCAGGGUUUUGCUAGCGGCAGUCUAGAUGCAGAUGCCCAACCUGUUCGUUUGUUUGUUGCUGAUGGGGGUGAAUUGCUGGUAGCACAAAGUUAUGCAAAGAAUCUGGGUCUUUAUGGAGAACGUGUUGGAGCCUUAAGCAUUGUCUGCAAGUCAGCUGAUGUUGCAAGCAGGGUUGAGAGCCAGCUGAAACUCGUGAUUAGGCCCAUGUACUCGAAUCCUCCCAUUCACGGUGCAUCCAUUGUGGCUGCCAUUCUCAAGGACGGAGAUUUGUUCAAUGAGUGGACUAUCGAGUUGAAAGGAAUGGCUGAUCGAAUUAUCAGUAUGCGCCAACAACUUUUUGAUGCUUUACGUUCCAGAGGAACACCUGGUGAUUGGAGUCACAUUAUCAAACAAAUUGGCAUGUUUACUUUCACAGGAUUGAAUGCUGAACAAGUUUCCUUCAUGACUAAUGAGUAUCAUAUAUACAUGACAUCUGAUGGGAGAAUUAGUAUGGCCGGUCUAAGUUCCAAAACGGUCCCACAUCUGGCUGAUGCGAUCCAUGCAGCUGUAACCGGUGGUGUCUAAAACAUGUUGCUAACUGCAGUUUUCAACUUUCUCCGUAGUCCUUACAGGAAGACUUCCAUCUUUUUCUCUAAUAAUUGUCAACAUCAACUAUGAUACCUUCUUUUAUGAGACUUAAAAGGCAAUAUUUAUGCAUUUGAGAUGCUAGCUUAUGGAACUAAGUUUCGAUUAGUGAAAAUAAUAAUAAACUAAGUUUUGAUUA